ACCAACGUUCUUUUCACUGGACGAUUUUUGCAAAGAGGGUGUAAAUACAUUAGAAAUAUGGAAGCAAGACAAAUAUCAAAAAUCAAUUGUAUUAGAAACAUUAUUAUAUGCUGAAGAUUCAUUUGAUUCACGUAAUUUAAUAG